ACUGCAAAGGCCAAACGAGCACAAGACCACAACGUCUGGUGUCUGUGAUAAGACUACCAUGGCUACUCUCGCUUGCUGACAGUGUAUUCUACGCAACCACCUACGGGAACCCUCUUCAACACCGCCUCGCCGCCUCUUAUCGCUGCACGCCUCGACUAUGGCUGCAGGCAUCCUCCAAACAGACUACCAGACGGACAACUACGCGCCUGGGGGCACUGGUGCUCGAUUUGCCCGCGCUGUCAUUAUUGUAGCUGGUGUCUGCGCCCUGGUAGCCAGUCUCGUUACUUUUGUUGCCGUGUGGUUACAGACGAAGAACUACCGGAAGCCAGUACUGCAGCGCUAUGUCGUACGGAUCCUGCUCAUGGUGCCGAUAUACUCGGCUGCCUCCUGGGCAAGUCUGGUCUCGAUCACGGCAGCAUCCUAUGUAGAACCUUUCCGAGAUGUCUACGAGGCCUUCACCAUAUAUACCUUCCUCCAACUACUCAUAAACUUCAUUGGAGGCGAACGCGCCCUCAUCAUCCUCAUGACCGGUCGAGCACCCGUGGCACACCCCUGGCCCUUGAACCUCGUCUUCUCUAAAAUCGACAUAUCAGACCCACACACAUUCCUCGCCAUCAAGCGGGGCAUUCUGCAGUAUACGUGGGUCAAGCCACUCCUCUCGGUGGCUACCAUCGCGAUGAAGGCCACAGGAACAUAUCAGGAGGGUUACAUUGGCGUGACGUCCGGUUACUUUUGGAGCGGCAUCAUCUACAACAUCAGUAUAACCAUCAGCCUGUACGCUCUCGCCAUGUUCUGGGUAUGCAUGUCAUCAGAUCUGAAACCAUUCCGACCGAUGCCCAAGUUCCUCUGUAUCAAGGGUAUCAUUUUUGCCUCGUACUGGCAAGGCUUCUUCCUCUCCAUUCUCGUAUGGCUAGGCGCUAUUCCCGAUGAUGUCCCUGGCUACAGCCCUGACAAUCUGGCCGCUGCCAUUCAAGACGCCCUGAUCUGUUUCGAAAUGCCGCUUUUCGCCUUGGCACACUGGUAUGCCUUCUCAUGGCACGACUAUGCAGACGACACCAUCUCCGCCGCACGCUUACCCGUCAAAUACGCCUUGCGCGAUGCCUUUGGCCCGCUGGACCUUAUCCAGGACACCAAGGAAACAUUUGCUGGUAAACAUUACGAGUACCGAUACUUUGAUGCGCGUGACAAUGUACUCGCGCACGAAGAGUCGUCUUCCCGCGCCGCCCGCAUGGCAGAGGGUAUGAGGUACGAAAGAGGAGGAAAGGGCAAAUAUUGGAUUCCAAAGCCUGGUCAAGGGUCCGAGAAUGAGCCACUACUCUCAAAGGUCACGUCGAGCCGAGCUCGGGCUAUGAGCCCCGGACCACAUCGAGCGCUUGAAGGUGCCAAGUAUGGCACACCUGAGGCUGACGAGGAUCCGACGUUGGAUGCUGAGGACGAGCAAUUGUUCGGAAACGCGCGAUCCUUGGAAUUUGGCGAUUGGAACUACCCUGUCAUUGAGGCUCAUCGGGCAUCCCGUGAAGACCGCCUGUACGCGAAUCCUAAUAUUCUCACAGCAUCAACCAAUCGAAACCUGCUGCAGCCCACCAAGGAUAAUGAGCGAAGACGUAAAAGUCAGAUCAAGGGUAUACAGGCUUCCCAUAAUAAAGGCAAGCAAAGAAGUGACUCUAGUAACGGAGAGUCAUCACGCUCAAGGUCACGCGGCCCGAUCAGCAAGCUACUACGACAGAAAUCAUCCUCGUCAAGCUCCGCAAAGUCAGAGAGGAGCCAAUUAGUGGACCUAGUUGUUGAAGAUCACCAGGCAGAGGAGGUGGAUGUCGUAAGAGCGCGGAAGGAGGGCGGACCUGGGUGGAAUGAAGCUCCCGCAAAGCACUUCGUUCGUACAUAUUCUGGGGAAGGUGCGGAAGAGGCUGUGAGAGAGGGGUUCAACCCAGAUGAGCCGGAGGCGCACAACCCGGAGCAGGUGCACAACCUCGACUACCCCUUCACUGUCGACGAAUCCGAAGAGGAGCAAAAGAAGAACGACAUCAAGCCACCGGCGUCUAAGAAAGCCGAGCAUUGGGAGACGCGUGAUCACACUGAUGCCCCAGACCAAGGUAAGGAUGAUCGUCCAAGCCCGCAAUAUGGCAGUUUCAGCGAGGAACGAGACGUUUGGAACGACAGGUGAUGCCGAACGCCAUGUUCCACCUCUUAUAUAAGCGUUUUCAAAAUUGGCGGGAUUUCAGAGGAUUCAAUUUGAUGUUCCUCUUUGGUCUUCCGCCAGUCAGCAUCAACCUGCCUUAUGUUGUCAAGCUGUCUAUGGUCGGCUCUAUACCCAUGUUUAGUGUACAUGAUAUUCUUUUCGCAGUGAAAAAUUCCAGGUCGGGGGCGUUAAAGCAUUGAACGUUGGAAUGACAGCAAUCUUUCCCCUCCCAGUCCGAAGCAACCCUGAGCAAUCAUCGUCAUCGUCAUUGUCGGACGAAUAAUCGAAAUAGGUGACGUUGGUCCAGAGCGCAAUGCAAUUUUC